AUGGCCGAUACGCCGCCAGCGAAUGGCGCCGCUGCCUCGACGACUGAUUCGCCCGUUAUCCAGACAAAGGGCCUGACGUACUCGUUCCCGGACUUCAGCACGGGCAUUUCGGACAUUACACUCGACCUACCCGCCGGCAGCCGUACGCUCCUGAUCGGUGCCAACGGGGCCGGCAAGACGACGCUGCUGCGGCUGCUCGCCGGCAAGCGCCUCGCGCCCAAGGAGAGCAUCCGCAUUCAGGGCGUGGACCCGUUCUCGCGGGGUCUCGAGGGCGUCACGUACCUUGGCCUGGAGUGGGUGCUCAACCCUGUCGUGCGCCGCGACAUUGGCGUCGACGAGCUGCUCGCGUCCGUCGGCGGCGAUGCCUACCCGGCGCGCCGCGACGAGCUCGUGAGUGUCCUGGAUAUUGACACGUCGUGGCGCAUGCACGCGGUCAGCGACGGCGAGCGCCGCCGAGUGCAGCUGGCCAUGGGCCUCGUGCGCCCCUGGCGGGUGCUGCUGCUGGACGAGAUCACGGUGGACCUGGACGUCUGGACGCGCGCCCAGUUUCUCGGGUGGCUGCGCCAGGAGUGCGAGCGGCACCCGGACCGCGCGGCGGGCCUGCCGCCGCCGACAAUUGUGUACGCGACGCACAUCCUGGACCACCUGGCCGGCUGGCCGACGCACCUGGUGCACAUGCACAUGGGCACGGUGCGCGAAUGGGGCCCCGCGUCGCGGUUCCUGGACGACCCGACGUACGUCCAGCAGCGACUGCUCAAGCAGCAGCAGCGGGACGCGGCGGCUGCAGCCAGCAACAACAACGAGGUGGACGGCCGGCACACGGGCAAGAACAGUCCCGCGCUCAGCAUGCUGGGCGCGUCCGGCAACUCGCGGCUGGGCGACUUGGUGCUGGCGUGGCUGCGCGAAGACCUGCGCGACCGGGGUCCGCGGAGCCAGAACAAGCGCGGGCCGGAGGGCCUGUCGUACUUGGUGCAGGGCAUUGGCGGGUACGGCCUCGAAGUGUGGUCCAAAGACGACGGUGCGCCGGACAAGGUAGAGCGGCCGUCCGAGGAAUAA